AUCUAAAAAUAGACCUCCUAAUCAAACAGAGUAGCUAUCCCGGAAGUGAAAUUCAAACCCUGUGUUUUAUCGAAUGGACUGGUUAGCAUGACAACACUGUUUUUGCAGAGAUCAAAUACUUCAUGACCAAGUCGACUCAAGAAACAUGAGAGAUGAGCAAUGAAUGCUACAUGUGGGCCAGUUCGGCGACCACGGCUGUUGUCUGCGGGAUUUUCUUUGCUUUGUGGAGAUGGCGGUAUCACCGACACUACAGAAAAAAGAAGCAUGCUUCCAGCCCAGAGCAUCCGGUGUGUCCAAACUGUCAGCCAUCUAGACCAGCAUAUUUAGGGGAAUUCCAACUAUCCCACAGGAGAAGUGACACAAGUGUGAUCCGGCCUGUGUUAAGUGAAAGUCGCGAGGGAUUGACGGUGCAGAACUUUGGGGAGAGUCAGACUUCUGUUCUUCGGCCAACCGCGGUGCCAGUUAGCGCACUGCCAACAAGAAGUGAAUGUGUUCCAACAAUACACAAUGAACUGGUCGGCGCAGGGUCUACGGCGCCCAUACUCAGUGUUGACAAUGGGUCAAACAACUCAGACAGAUGCCCACGUUCUCUCGGAGGAAGCAUUGGGACAUCAACCGUUUCUUUCAUUCACUGCAAUGAUAUUUACACAGUUUCAGAACGGAGUAACAUGAACGUUGUUUCAGGAAAACUCGUUGUAUCAGUUGCCCAUCUCGUGACGUCACGAGGAGACUGUUUGGUGCUGGACAACAUGGGGAUAACCUUGUGGGUACCCCCAAACGCCGUCCCUGUGGGAGAAGAAAAACUAGUGUGCUUGGUUCUGAAUUGGGAUUUAAGUGAUAACCCGUCUAUGUUAGAGACAGAGUCCUUGGUUAGCCCAGUGGUGUACGUGGGGCCCCAUGGGCUCAAACUGAACAAGCCUUGUGAACUUCGGUAUCGGCACUGUGCCUACGACCCGCGCCAUAUUGUUGUCAUGCGCAGUGAAACAGACCUUUACGAAGACAAACAGUGGGCAACAAUGUGUGGUCAGGAAAGCCAGGGUGACAACUGUAGUUUGACUUCUGACGAAUGCCGGCUCAAAAUCAAUUCAUUUACAUUAUUUACGUGCAUUCAAAGACCUUUGAGAAAUCUCAAGAUGGCAAAGUGGUUACAAAUUGCAGCAUUUUCAACCCCAUUGACAAAACGCAUUGAUCAUCAUGAGGUCCGUGUAUAUUUUCUCAACAAAACUCCAUGCGCUUUGCAAUGGGCAAUUCAGAACGAGGCGAAGUUUAAUCACGUGCUCAUGUGCCCGGAAAAGGCAUUUUUGUUCCACGGACAACUACAAGAUAUUUUAGAUAUCAGGGUAAUGUUGAAGUACCUGUCCUCUGAGUGGGAGAGUAUAGAAGGUGACGAGUAUGAGCGUGUCCCCUACCUUCAUGUAUGGCACGGACAAUGUCCUCACAUCGUCAUGUGCUUUAAAAAGAAAUCCCAGCAGCCGGUCCGUGAACUAAACUUCCACUUGAACGUCUACCAAGAAACAAUGGAAAACGAGGGCGAAAAAGUGGUUGUCCACGCCACGGAAGACCCGAAGCAGCUGAUUGAUAAUUCGUGCAUCAUAAACAUUCACACAAGUCAAAGUCAAGAGUCGGGAUCGUUUCCGAACGUGGAGGUGAAAAAGACGGAGGAAAAUGUGAACGUGUCAGUGAAUUCGGCCCCAUGCUGUUCUGCACCUUUCUUUGAGCAAGUGUGUAAAGACAGUACACAUUACAUACCCUAUGAACUCAGAAGCAAGCUGAAAAUCAAACUGGAUCCAACAAACCCCCUUGGAAACGAUUGGCGUCGAUUGGCGGACCUUCUCAAUCUGUCACAGUACAUCGAGUACCUGAAAUGUCUACAAUCCAGUCCAACUGAGGAGCUCCUGUGUGUGGUUGAACACCGCAACAUGACGCUCGAAGAACUAGCGGCCAUGUUGCACGACAUUAGAAGACUGGAUGCUGAAACUAUAGUUCGAGAAUAUAUAUGUCAACACUCGGAUUUCUCGCCUGCCAACAUCAGAGAUGGACACCAGCAUGAUGAGACAAGUGCCCCCCGCCCAAACAAUUUCAACAAUCUAAGUCAAGACAAUCCUGCCUUUACAUACUAGAGAAGACUACAGUUUUCCUUUUUACAAAUGUUGAGCUAAUAAAUUGUUAUAUCUUAGUUACAUGUAUACUUUGGUAAUGAUUUUUAAUAAGAUUGUGAAUAUAAAUAUAUAUAUGAACAAGAAAUAUCAGUUUUGUGUUUUAUUUUG